UGUAUAUAUAUAAACUGGGGGCAGUGACCCCCAAACUGGAGGAGUGGCUACAACAGAUCCCUGGAAUAACAUCCGACAUCUCAGUCCAGAAAAGUGCAGUCCUAGGAACAGCAAGGAUACUGCGCAGAACCCUCAAGCUUCCUGGCCUCUGGUAGAGGACCCGAGCUUGGAAAGUGGAUGAGACCACCCACGUGGGGUGAGAAGGGAGAAAAAAAAAAUAUAAAUAUAUAUAUAUUUAAAGCUUAAGAUGAAAAAUAAAAGAUCUGACAAAAAUUCUGAGGGUUUGUUGUUCUUAUGUAAGUCUCAUGUAAAAAAAAAAAUUAUUUUAAGUAUGUUUGACUCUACAAUUCCCGAGUGCACCUAAAUCACUCAUGAAGUAAAAUACUGGGCAGCGGCAGAGGAAACCGUCAUUUGUCUUCAGUUGUGAGAUCCAUCUUCUAUUCAAAAGACACAGUAUACGCCAAUAUUUUACGAUGUCUUCCAGAGACCAGCCUGCAAUGAUCCAUGUGGCUUGUGUGUCUAUCAAAGAAUCAGUCAAGGCUUUAAGGUUUAGGUUCCUGCCCACACCAGAGGCCACUUGCAGCCAGCAUCAGACCAAUGCCAUCUUUUGGGAUGGCAAACGGCUGCUUAGGACCUCUGCAGUGGGCACUAGCAAGGGAAACCUUGAAAAGAUAAAAAAAGGAGAAAGCUACAUCAUUAAAAACUGCCGGGUUACGGACUCUGGCUUUCUCAAUUUCUUGAGAGACAGCAAAAUUUUCCUGUCGAGCAAAAUAGAAGUGCCACAGGACCAAAUACAACAGGGGGAAGCCAUGUUGUUCCCCAUCUCACCUCUGGUGGCUGUAGAGGACCUCGCUAAUUCAGCCCCAGAGCUGUUUUCGCUAAGUGGAAAAAUUGUAAAAUUGAGCCAAAUCAUGUGUAGAGGGGACAAUGUGCCAUUGCGGGAGAUCACAAUAAGUAGUUCCAUGGGAGAAGAGGUCCAACUUGCUAUGUGGAGGGAGUGUGCUCUCGAAAUACCUGAGCUGAACAGGCAUUAUACAUUCACCCACCUCCGUAUGAAGGAUUAUUUAUCAUACGGCAGAAAAUGCUGCUCCACUGUUCACACCAGGAUAACUGUGGCUGACAAUGAAGAACAGGUGCAGGUAGAGGUGAAAGGGCUAGGGGAAGAAAACGGUUGUCUGCUCCUGGUCACCGAAAUGGGAAAAGAGGUUUCCAUUCCCAAGGAAGUGUGGAAUGGAGAAAUCCUUGAGUUAUCGAAACACCUCCCCUUUUCAGUACAUGUGUUUAUGAAAGAAGGGGAGGUGUUCCGAGUCAAUGGACUGCCUGGAUCAGAAGAAUGUAAGUCUUUUUAAAAAAAUUUAAUAUAGUUUAGUAAAAUACAUUGAUUGUUGUUAGUCAUAUGAACCCAUUUUAUGAUUUCUUCAGAAAGGAAGACCUGCCAUCCACCUACACCUGUACCUGUUCAUGUUCUGCAAAUCUUCAAACAUAUUAUAUAUACACAUACAUGCAUGCAUGACACACACAGACGCACACUUUACAUUUUUUCUGUCUUUUUCUGAAUUGUAUAAAUAAAGUACUUUUCUUGUAAAUUAUCAGUUUCAUUAUUACGUAAAGUAAAGUUACAUACAACAACAUACCAGAGUGAAGUAGUAUGCAAGUGGACCACAUUAUCUAAACAA